GUUCACAUCCCCGGCUUCAAUAGUUGAUCAUACUCCAUCAAAUAAGAUUAAAGAUUAAAAAGAAAUAGAAAUGAAUCAAGAAUAAUGUUUUAGCUUCGAAAAUGGCAGGUAUGAAUGCAAUUUGUGAUAGUGUAGACGACACCAUUUUACCCUCGGUAAUCAUUUUGAAAUAUGCGGAAAGAAAACUUCACGGGGACCUCACUAAAUACGAAGAUUUAAAGAAUGGAGAAACCAGCAAUUGUUUGGUAAUAGCGGAUGAUCCAGCCGGUGACGACACUCCAAUAUAUGAGUGUCAACUAGAACCUCUGGACUUGACAAUGAUGAGUGAGUUAAACAACAGUUUAAAACAACUAGGAAUAAAGCGGCCAGCGGACUUCAUUGGAAAUGACAAAAUUAAACAGCGAAGAGUCAAUUCUGACUUAAGAGUGAAGGCAGAUAACUUAAGAAGAGCAAAGCAGGACGAACCAAGGCAAAGAAAAGUCAAGGAAUGGUGGAAGACAUAAAUUUAAAAAACUAGGAAUUGGAAGAAGUUAAUGAUCGACCGAUAUAAUAAAUCUCAUGACUCUUUCUGUGUGGGAUAUAUUGGUCAGUUUUGUUCAAAAUGAAAUCAAUUUUGAUGAAACUAUGUACAGUUACUAAUUUAGCUAAACACAAAUACUUGUUAGUACUCUUAAAGUGUUUUUUUUAUAUACUCAAUUAUUCAUAUAUAAUAUUUGUUCUAUUGUAUUAUUUCUGAACAAACAAAAAUGAUAUAAAAUUAGUUAACUUAGUGGUAUUUAGUUCUUACUGGUAG